AGCUAUUCAGCACAGAGAGAGAGAGGAGGAACAUUUAACUUCAUCUUUUGACAUUUUUUAUUCACUUUUCAAAUGCCAGCACAACUUUAUAGGAGUUUAUCGCUACUGGAGAAGUUAUAAAAUACAAACCCCCAAAGAGUCCGACCCGGGGAGGAUCAACAUGUCGCUCGGGUACAGCCAGCGGUCUCUGGUGGUCAUGUCGUUCCUCGGGGUGUUAUCGGCCAUCAUGUCCGUUCUGUCGGUGAUUUUGAUUUCCCAGCUCCAGUCGCAGCAGACGGCGGUGAAGGAGUCGCCCCCGGCCGCCUCGCUGCUCCUGCCGGCCCCGGUGUGGGCCGCCCUGCUGCCGGUGUCCACGGUGCUCUGCGCGCUGUCCCUCAGCCUCCACCUGAGCGCCGCGGUGGUCUGCGUGCUGCACGGAUACGUCUCCACGGAGGUGUGCCGAGCCGAGGAGGACACGGACAGAGCAGACUGGUUCCUCCUCGACAGCAGAGCCGUGCGGCACGUGGCCAUCGGACUGUUCUGCAUGGGGGUUUCUGUCUACUUGGCAGCCAUGUCCAUCUUCAUGCUCCUCAUCUUCGAGGUGGAGACGGGCAUCGCGAGCGCCUGCGUGCUCUCCUCGGGCAUCCUGGUCCUCCUGGCCGUCGUGAUCCACACGCUGGUCAAAGCUUGCCGCGGCGCCGAGCACUACGGCGGCGACCACCUCGACACCCUCUUCCGGAACGACCACGGCGACGGACACGCGCUCGUCUCGCGGCACCGCGAGCUGAAACUCGACGUGGACCGGCCGCGGCCCCGCCUCCAGCAGCAGAUGUCCUACCCGCCGCCGUGUGGCGACCCGAGGCCGCAGCAGUACCAGCGGCAGUACUCGCCGCCCGGAGGCUCGCGGGGCCACGCCGGCGAUAAAGACGGCUACAGCAGCGGGGGCAGCGGCUCCCGGCUGCACAGGUCCCUCUCGACCGAAUCCGGUCUGCUGCAGGCCCAGACUAAACCCUGGAACGGGGUCAAUAACGAGAUGAGGAGCGUACUCGCACGCAAGUCAGGGAUUUCCGCGAAAGACUCCACUCUGGUUUGAACGCGGAGGAAGUCGAGCUCGUGGUUAGAGACGCGGCUGACGUGACGGGUGUCACUUCAAACAGAUGUGGAACUGUACGAUUGCAAAUGUUCAACCGGUCGCAGAGAAAAAAAAACCUAUCCAAGCUUUCUCCUUUUGAUUAUUAUAGAGGAUUUAAAAAUGUGUAUGGAAAAAGAAAUAUUGAGCACAAGCUUUGAAUAAUAUGUGUUUCGGUGAAUGAGCUCGAUUCAAAACUCACUAUAAAUCUAUGAGUAUGAAUCUGAUAAAAUGUAUAGCUUUAAUUACAAUAAUGUGAAUACUUUAUUCUGCUGUAUAUGGUGGCUUGUUGCCAAAUAUGCGUGUACAGAUGUGUCGUUGUUAUGCGUCGUUCAAUAUUUCAUAUCAACAAAUUAAUACAUUUUUAGACAAAUAUAAUUCAGUUUGAAAAGCAGGAUGUUUUUCAAAGACCUAAAAAAGGAAAUUAAAAUAACGUUUAUGAACGGUUAGCUUUCAAUGUACAUCAUUUCUGUCAAAAGAAAAUAUAAAAUACAGGAAUGUGAUUACAUCGUGUCUGGAGGAAAUACUAACCUUGGACACCUCAGUCCAGAGGUCAUGAGGAAGUGGAAUGUGGAGCAGAGACAAGGGGACUGGGAGGGGGGGUCACGUCAUGUAAGCUUCAUGCAGGAGUCAGGGGGCGAAAUGAAAAGACAGCAGACAAAUAAAACUGAAAACAUGAAGCUCCCACUAACCACAAAAGAGUCAAUAUUUUUGCAGUUAUUGGGCUAUUAAAAUGGCAUUAACUGAAGAAAAAAUAUUGUAAAUGGCUGAUGUCCCAAAACAUGAACAGAUACAAAUUAUCAUGAAGUAUUAAAUAAAACAAAUGUCACAUAUGAACAAAAGGUAUGAUGUGCAGCAAAAUAAUGAAUACAAACAACCGAGGUCACUUUUGUCUCUCGCUUAAAGAAAAUUAUGCAAAAGAUAUUAUGGGAAAAUGUGAAAGUACAAGUGAAUAUUUGGAUAUUUUUGGGGUGGGUUGUGAUGAGCGCGCGUGUAUAUAUAUAUAUAUCUCUACAAUACAAUACUUCUCAAUUAAUCUUUUGAAUGUAUUGUACCCCCAGGAACCGCACUUUUUUCAAAAUAUAUAAAAAAUAAAAUGUCGGUGCAUU